AUGGCGUACAAACAACUGGACAUCAACUCUGAGUGUGAAACUCUUUGGAUUAGUGUUGCUGCACCGUCAGGCAUGAAAUUUGGCAUCUGUGCUGCCUACAGACCUGGGACGAGUGCAGACAGCGACUGCAGUAUCUUCACCCAGCUGGAAUCUGACAUCGACAAAGCCCGGCAGUCCUGCUCACACAUUAUUGUGGCAGGGGACUUCAAUGCCCACAACCGGGAAUGGCUUGGAAGUCCACGCACCUCGGCUGCUGGAGAAGCUGCAGAAGACAUGUGCUGUGUACAUGGUCUCCGACAACACGUCACCUCAGCCACUCGUGGAGAAAACAUCCUUGACCUCGUCAUGUCAGAUGUGCCUGGAACUGUGUCUACCACCACCCAACCACCUCUUGGCAGAUCAGACCAUGCUAUUGUCAUAGCCGACUUCCAGCUUACUGCAUCUGUAGACCAACCCACCACUCGUACAGUAUGGCGAUACCAGCCGGCUGACUGGCCCCGCCUCUCUGCCUUCCUCCGGACUACUGACUGGGACACAAUAAUCGGCGACGACCCUAACAUAUCAUGUGAGCUUCUGACCAUGCGAAUCACUGAGGGAAUGCAACGCUUUAUACCAUCCAAGGUCUUCAAGACCAGACCGCAGGACCCAAUCUGGUGGACGCCAGAAUGCUCUGCAGCAGUUGACAGAAAGCGCAAUGCCUGGCGGAAAUUCCGCGAUGACCCCAGAAAUGGAGCGCUCCAGUGUACGUACAAGCUAGCAUCCCUUGACUCAACAAGAUGUCUAGCAAGAGCCAAAGCCAGACCUCUCGACCAUGUCAAGCAACGGCUCCGGACGGGCAACCUGCAGGACAGAGAGUGGUGGAGCGUGAUUAAACGAGUUGGAGGGCAUGGCCGGGACAGCUCCAUCCCAGUCCUGGUUGACCCCGAUGGCAUGGAAUGCACCAAAAGCCACGACAAGGCUAACGUCAUCGGGAAGUACUUUGCCCAGAAGUGCAGCCUAGACGAUGACUUCGCGGAACAGUCGGGGCCGUUCCCGCAUGUCCGCCAGCGCACCGCAAAUACGCUUGCAACAGUCCACUUCCGCCAAGCCACCGUACGCCGGACACUCCGAGCCCUGAACCCAAGUAAAGCCACAGGGCCUGAUGCAGUAACUGCUAGAGUGCUGAGAAAAUGUGCCGACUCUCUGGCCCUGCCCCUAUCCAAGCUGUUUACCCUGUGCUUCUGCAGUGGUCAUCAACCUGCCAUGUGGAAAGUUGCCCAACGUCGUACCGGUACACAAGAAAGGCCCCAAGUCGAACCCCAGAAACUACCGACCGAUAUCACUACUGCCCAUAAUGUCUAA